CGAGAGGCCGCGGCGGUCGCUCUUCCCAUCAGAUUACAGAUAGUGCAGACGGUUAUCACCUGUGGUGCUUUUGUAAUUUGGAGGCGCGUGCGCUGCUGGUGGUUCGGCGCUAACUGCAGGGGGUGGCCCGCAGCCACCUGUCUGUGGCCCGAUAUCGCUACACCGCGCGAGCUUGAUGGACGAGUCAGCCUCGCCGGAAGGUGGCUUGCCGGCAAAGUAUCAGAAACUCGCCUACGAGUACUCCAAGCUACGUGCGCAAGCCCAGGUCCUCAAGAAGGCUGUGGCAGAUGAGCAGGCCAAGAAUGCCGAGCUCAAGGACUGCUUGAAGGACAAAGACCAGGGGAUGCGCAAGCUGCUGCAGGAAGUUGAAAGCCUGAACUUUUGCAACCAACAGCUAACAAAGCGUGUCAGCUUCCUCCAAGAAGAACUUGAAGAAGAUCGGUCAAGGAAGAAUAAGAAGAAACACCAUGCAGCAGCCACGGCCUCUCCAAUGCACCAGGGCAUCAUUGACGCAGAGUUGCAGAGUCGCAUUGAAGAGAAUGAAAAGCUGCACUUACAGGUGUCAGCUGCGGAGCUUGAACACAAGCAGACAGUUGAGAAGCUGGAGAUGGAGUUGGACAAGGUGCGCCAGGCACUUGCCACACACGAGGACCAACUCAGCGAUGCUGUUGGCAGACGGGAGGAACAGAUCAGCAGGCUCACUCAGGAGCGAGCUAAGCUUGAGCUGAAGCUGAAGUCAUGUGAAAAGGAGCUGAAAGAAGUAUCUAUGAAGAAUGAACUGAGUGAAUCCAAGUUGGCUGAAGUUACAGAGAUCCUGGGAAGCCGGCUAGAGGAGGCCAGGACUAUUGUUGAACAAAAUGUUCAUUUCAGGGAUGUAGGUGACGGGCGUGCUUCAGGGCUGGACGUGCCCGUGACGCGGCAUUCGCAUGAGAACGGGGUGCGUGCCCUGCUCUGGCAGUUGGCUGAGCUGGUGCCCGAGGUGAGCCAGGCCCUGUCCACGUUGCACACGUAUGCUGAGCAGCGAGUGCGCCUCCUCCUCGCCGGCGCCAUCUGUGGGCUGGACCCGCAACUGGCACAGGCCCCGCUACAAGUGUUUGCCCAGCACCUGCAUGGCAAUGUGGCAUACCUGCAGCCCAUCGAAGAGGCUUACCAGGCCUACUUUGAUGCUAUUUGCCAACAAGAACUCUACAUUUUCGAUGGCGGUCCUGUGAUUUCGCCCAUGUCGGCAGCACUCUCCAGAUACGUCUCGUACCUGAACAAGCUUCUGCCAUACGUUGCACUCAGUUUAAAGGCAGGUGCUAGCUCACCAACUUCAGACAUGAAGUGUCAUGAACUACGGGCAAAGUUGGGGCAUGUUGUCAACCGUGUUGUCGUCAAAUUUGACAAGAUGAGCCGGUAUCUGCUGUUGCUGUCAGCAAAGGGUUGUGAGCCUGGUUCUAAAAUGUGUCAUUGCACUGGGUACCUGGCUGUUGUUGGAAAGCUAGUCGGCAUUACCAAAUGCCUGUGGGAGGAUUUCGAAGAUGUCAAGAGGCAGCUGAGUUCCCUCAUGCUUCUUGAGCAUGAGCUGCCAACUGUUUCCUCAGAGGCCAGGACGACAGAUGACUGCCUGGUCAGCAGCCUAGCAUCUGUUGCUAACAGCUGCAAGAAGCUGUCACGAGCACUUGAAGGCAAGGUGUUGCUCUCCAAGGAGGCAUACCAGUGCAGGGGCCUCAUCCGCACCAAGCCACUGUGCACCUCACACCUGGGUCCACAUGCGGCGCUUCUCAGACAGAGGGGCACAGCAUACCUCAGGACAUGCCAGCUGUAUACAAGAAGCCCUGACUGUGUACCAUAUAGCAUUGCAAUUGAAAAUUCAGGAGCCCUCCAGAGCCACGUGGAAAACAAGGAGUCCUUUGCCCAACAGCUUGAAAGUCUAAAGAACAAAGUUAGGAAACUUGAGGAGGAGAAGGAACACUGGAUGCUGGAAUGGCAGCUGUUGCAAGUGAAGUACGAGAGGCAGGCUAAAGACAUGUUACCAGUGUCUGGGCAGCUUCUAAACAAGGGCGAAGGGGAUGGCCACGACGGCCAGGUGAUAGCAGAACACUUCAAGGCACGCAUAAAGGAGAUGAUUCGGCAGAACCAGCUGGCUGACAGCAAGGCUGUCUACUACUACUCGGAGUGCAAGGCACUUCAGAAGAGGCUCCACUUGGCAGAGCAGCACAAGGUGGAGCUUGAAAACCAGCUUCAGGACACGCAGCUGACGCUACAGCAGCUCAGGGAUGAGAUGCGUUCAACGGCACGCAGUUACGAGGACCAGCUGAGCACGAUGAGCGAGCAUCUGGCCAGCAUGAACGAGAAGCUGACUCAGCAGAAGGAUGAGAUCGAUGCCUUGCGCCACAGUUCCUCCUCAACCAAGUUCGGGAAGAAGCUCAAGCCAAAGUGAAGAGCCCGUACAUUCCCUGGAUGCAAGAAAAGCACACCUCGCAUCCUCCAAAGAGGACAGCUUCGAAUUCUUCGAAGCGUAGUUGGAGUAACACUCCACGUGGCACCAUGAAUUUUCCACGAAACAAAUGAUGGCACGCUUGGGAAAGGACUCUGUCGUAGAGUCUUCUUGCUCCGAGUGGUUGCCUGGAAAAUUGCACAUGCCGUACGCUUCCAGCCUACACACCAUAGUAGCCUGCAUAGCCUCCAUUUCGCGUGCGCUGUCAGUACCACUAUAUAUGGCUGUUCCAGCAUCAAUGUUCUGGCGACACGAAAAAGCUUGGUGCAAUAAAUGCUCGCGGUGUCCUGUUUGA